AAAUGUUAACAUUUCUUAUAUAUCUGUCCUAUGGUUCAUUUGAUGGUCGUACAUCUUCAUAAAACAGACCCAGUGCUUGCUUGAAUUCAUUUAACUCUCUCUCAAGUGUCGCUAAAAAGUGAAUGCAGGAAAUGGGAGUUGAUGUGGUGUAAACAAAUGGCAUUUGUCAAUGAAGAUGUUUGUGAAUGUGGUGAUGUUGGUACGGCGGUGAUGGUAAUUUGGUUGUAUUGUGAUAUGGAUCGUAUGGUCCGUAAUCUCUCCGAACUUACGUGGCAAUGACUUCACGUGCAUGGCAAUAAGUUCGCAGUCAACCUCCCGUUAUAAAAAUAUACAAUGUUAUGAAUGUACUUACAUAUUCUGUCUAGAACUGCAAAAAUCUCUUGAAGUUUAUCUUGAAUAACUUUACUCUUUUCUUCAUAGAUUCCCACUAAUGUCUCUUCAAUCAUAUUUCCAAUAUUUGACGCUUGGAUUUCCAUAGCUUUUCGUACUUCUACAGGAAUAUGAAUUGAAUUUUGAGCACCAUAUUUUUCUGACAUUUUAUUUAGUAGACCCACCUCUUGAAAAAGGCAAAUAAUAGGCAAAGGCAUGUAUACUUAUGAAAAAAAAAGCAUCCAACCUGUUAGUGAAUCUGCAUCGCGUUUUCUUUUUGCAUUGAUGUCGUCCACAAAUUGCUGGGUGUUUCUUUGUAGAUCGCUAUGUGUGAACAGCAAUGGUGCUGGGCUUUUUGCUAUAAAUGCUUUAUGAAUUGCUUUUGGGUGCUGUGUUUCAUCGCUGCAAUAUGAUAGUCGUGUUGUAAAAUUGGUCGUUAUAAUAGUGAGUAUAGUUCGUUUAAAAUUUAAUAUAGUUGGGUUUGCUACCAAGAAGAGUUAGCUUGGUUUACCGUGUGGGUUGUACUGGAAGAAGACUUUUCUCGUUGUUUUCUAGUUUCAAUACUUCAUCAUUUGCUUCGCUUACAAAACCAUGCUCUUGUUUUUUUUUCUGAACCUUUGCAUCCAUAUCUCAAGCUGGUCUUCCUUUUUUGGCGAACAUCAAAGUUCAGGACGUAGAAAUAGCAAACGAGACUUUCGACUAACAAUUUAAUCCCAAAAAUCUGUACUUGUGAACAAAAAUGUUAUACUUUUUAGGUGUGUACAAAGUAAAUUUCAAAUUAAAAAUGAGGUUUUAACAUUUCAUCCUGCAAAAGGUGAGCAUUUCCCGCCACAGGAGGGACGCAAUGUGAUUGGUUUAUAUUUUAAGCUACACCAAAUAGGGAAUAGGGAAACAAAACAAAUAUGGCAAGUUGAAAUACUGUCAAAGUUUGUCGAUAUGUCGCAUAUUUUACACCGCUAGACAGUUGUUUUUACUAUAACGACAAAGUAUUAAGUCUUUGAAGUCGUAAUGGAUGUCUUGGCUUGAAUGUAUUAAAGCGAAAAGAAGAUAUAGUAAUUAAAAACAAAAUUUGAAGCGACGUGAUUUUGAUUUGUACAGAAAAGGGGAAGUUGCAGUUGCGUUUCACAAAAUCAUGUUUAAAUUGUAAAGAUUUCUCAAGUGGAAUAGAGCUUUGUGCACCAAAACAGAUGAAGAAUAGAUGACUGGCUAGUACAUCUGGUUCAGCAGUCGAAGAUUAAAUGGAAACUCUACAAAAAUUAGCUCGUUCUCUCAGAACAGCUAGAGCAUCUGAUUUACCAGGAGAUAAUGACUCAGCAUUUUAUAUGUUAAUGCCAAUGGUUAUGCAGAACCAACAUAGAGCUGUGUCAGAGUUGAUAUCAUCUUCAUCCUAUGAUGUCAGUCAUAUAGCGGGAAGAGCAAAAAGAAGUCUUCUGCAUGUGGCAGCCAAUGUUGGUGCAUAUGAUUGUCUAGCAUACCUGUUGAGGAAAGGUGCGGAUGUAAACUGUCAAGAUAUUGGUGGAGUCACACCACUACAGCUUGCUGCUAGAAAUGGCCAUACCAAGUGUAUUCAAAAAUUAUUGGAAUGCAAAGCAAAUAUCCACAUCCACAACAAUGAGGGAAUGACUGCUGUCCAUUGGUUAGCUUCAAAUGGCAGAACUGAGUUGUUGGGAGAACUUUUAAAAUAUAUUGUUGAUGUGGACAUUGAGGAUUCCCAAGGCCAAACAGCACUCCAUAAUGCAUGUCUUUCUGGACACACAUCUAGUGUUCUUCUGUUGUUGGAGAGAAAAGCUGAUAUUUCUAAAUGUGAUCAUAAAGGAUGUACACCAUUAUUUUAUGCCUGCAGACAUGGUCAUGAGGAUUGUGUGAGAUUGCUGCUGAGUCGUGGUGCUCAAAUACUGAGAACAAAUGACCAGGAAACUCCACUAGACAUUGCAGUAAAGAAUGGCUAUGAAAGUGUUUGUGCAACUAUAUUGGAGUAUUAUCCACCUCUGCUCAACUCUCUUUUAUCUCUUGUUAAAGAUACUCGUAUUGAGGAGACGAAGAUCUACAAAGUUUUACGAUAUUUAUCCGAGUCGAACUCUUCCCUACAAAACAAAAUUAUGACGGAACUUGGUGAACUGGCAGCUACUGCUGGUCUAGAGCUACUAAGUUUAUCCAGUGACUACGAUGUGGCUGUCCCCAGUUUUCUGCGCGUUAUCAGACUAGUUUGCAAGCUCUACGUCAAACCGUUGAUUGGCAGAGCUCGUUCUCGCGUUUACACUUCCGGUCCUAGCAUCUACACGCGCACAGAUAGCACGAGUAGCCGAAUUCGCGCUGCAUUUAGUGGCCGUUCGAGUAGCAGUACGUCAAGUAACAGUGAUGAUCAUGAAUCGCCACAGACUAACGUCUUCGCGCCUCUUGAGGAGGUCUGGGAAGCAUUGGAGGAAUGGUUUUUAUUGUUGUUGAGUGAAAUGGAGGUGAUUGAGGGUGAAGCAGGGAUAGAUGAUUGUGUCCUGCUUGAUUCUGGCGUGCAGUCUGGUAAAGUAUCUCGUGUUAAACCAUCAGUAACUCGGCACAUGUCUGAAACUCUCUAUACCUCUCAACGUCAUUCGCUGUUCUCCAAACAAGAAGAUCUCCCAGAUACUGACAAGAAAUGUUCUCUUUCACGAAGUGUGUCAGCCUCUGGUAGACUUGGAGUGGAGUUGUCUCGUAACGUUGCUGCUGCUUUAGUACCAUAUCGUGUUCAGAGCGUCAGACAGAAAUUAUUACGCAUGGGAAGUGAUGCUACAUUCAGACUGAGUCAGCCUGCUAUUGAAAUGAAUUUAGCCAACCUUGACGAUGGAAGCGUGAGUCCUGGGUGUAACAGUCCCAGUGAAGGAAAUGUAUUUGGGUUCCCUAUGUCAACAUACGUUACAUCACGAAGGAAUAGCGAUCGAAGAUCAAUUAGUUCAAUGAACAGCCCAACAGACCCUCAUCCUGCCAACCGUGCUGUGGUAAAUGGCUUUCCCGGACCCGAACGCGAACGCGAUACUCGCGUUGGUUUUGAAGCCCACGCGGCUCGUGAUUCACACCAAAGACGGGACAACGGACACGCUGGGCAAGAUAUAGGUGUUGACAUUGAACAAUGUGAUCCACGUCUCGACAGUCGCACCGUCAGCCCGGCAUUUUCGUCUGUUGAUAGUGACGUUAUAACAAUGACCGCUGAUCGUCUAUGCGUGGUCACACAUGGCUUCUAUCUUUGUUGCUGUAACCAAUCAAGAUGGGACAGACGCAAUGGUGCUCCUCCGAGAUUUGUGGAUUUCGUAAACAGACAUGAGGAUGUCUUACAGGCGCUUGUUGCCAGAAAUCCAAAGAUCUUGUUUUCACAUUUCCACUUCUUGCUUGACAGUCCAGUUCUCAUGCAGAAGUUUGUUCACGUUGUGUUGGCUCAGCCAUUUGAAGAACGACAGAAAUGGUUCUACGAGAAUCUGUUCAAACAAAACAAUCAAGAUAGCCAGGGAUCUUACAAUAUAGAUGAGAAGAAUGUGAUUGAAAUCAAACGAGGGGACAGUCUGUUUAAUACCAGCUGUGAAGUCUUGUCUAAAAUCAGUACAGAAAUUUUAAAAAAGAAUGUUGUCGUUCGAUUUCUUGGGGAACCUGGGGUGGGUCGUGGUGUCCUCAAAGAGUGGCUGGACUUACUUUCAAAGGAAAUUCUCAAUCCCGACUUUGCUUUAUUCACCCAGUCUGUUGAUGGUACAACGUUUCAACCUUGUAGUAAUUCAGAAAUCAAUCCUGAUCAUUUAAACUAUUUCCGAUUCGCUGGACGAAUCAUUGGCUUGAGUUUGUACAACCGUUUACAUCUCAAUGUCUAUUUCACGAGGUCUUUUUACAAACAUAUUUUGGGGAUUCCUGUUAGCUACCAAGAUGUCUCUUCCAUUGAUCCGGAGUAUGCCAAAAACCUACAGUGGAUACUAGAUAAUGACAUAUCUGAUCUUGGCUUUGACUUGACCUUUGCUGUCGAAACAGAUGUGUUUGGUACCAUGAGAGAAAUUGAUCUAAAACCUGAAGGAAAUCGACUUAUGGUCACUGAAGAAAAUAAGCACGAAUACGUCCAGUUAGUUGCAGAUCUUAAGUUAACUCGUGCAAUACGACGGCAGAUAUGUAGUUUUCUGGAUGGAUUUCACGAGUUCAUUCCACAUUCACUUGUCUCUCUGUUCGAUGAGUAUGAACUGGAGCUGUUGAUGUCAGGUUUGCCUGAAGUGGACAUGGAUGACUGGGAGAAGAACACAACUUAUGCGAAUGGUUAUGAUGCUGAGUGUCCAGUAAUUGUGUGGUUUUGGAAAGUUCUACGAUCGUUGCCUAAGACAGAUGUUGUAUUAUUGUUGCAGUUUGCUACAGGAAGCUCACGAGUUCCUCUUGGUGGUUUUUCUCAUCUCUCUGGAACGAGCGGUCCUCAUCAAUUCUGCAUCUCAAGAGUCGAAUUUCAACCAAAUUUAUUGCCUAGUGCGAGUACUUGUUUCAACAUGUUGAGAUUACCAGAAUACAGGUCUGAGGAAGAAUUAAAGGAAAGACUUUUGGUAGCAUUGAGAUGUGGAAGUCAAGGAUUUGAUUUUGCCUGAAGUUUUUCUGUUCGAGAUGGAUUCUGCCGGUGUUAGCGAACAAAUUCCAAAACAUGUUUGCAAGGCGUGUUUCAUAAGAGGUUUGGAUUUGGUAGCAAUUCAAGGAUGCACACUCGGAAAUAUUAGAACAUUAAAUUAGGAAUUAAUUAUAAAUGAAUUGGAUGAGAGUAUCAUUAAUGAAUUGUAGGUAAUUAGAAUGAAUUUUUGAAUACCUUUAGACUAAUUUACUAACGAUCUCUCGUACAGUAUGUUCUGAAUACAUAGAGGGAAAGUACAGUCAAAAUUUCUACGUUGAUAAUAGAAAUUAGCGUUACAGACUAUUUUAUCUUGGCAGAAAGAGCAACUAUAGUGCUAAUGUAGGGUUUGUAAAUCGUUGCAUGUCCCAAGAAAUGUCUUCUAUAGAUCAUUAGCUUGGUUUUCAUCACUCGCAGUCAGUCGGCGAUCUCUAUUGUCGUUUGUUACGGUUCCGUUGCAUAAAAUGCUUUGUCUGCAGAAAAACUACUUCAUUGCUCAGCGACAAUGGAUGGCCGAGAAUCGCCGACUGUCUGCGAGUGAUGAAAAACCAGGCUUUAGGCCUGGUUCACAGUAGCUCCUAAGAAUCGGGGAUCGUUAUAUUACUUUUCCAUAAACAAAGCAUAAGUGGCCCAGACAACGAGAAUCCCAGAUUCUUAGGACAAGUGUGAACCAGGCCAAAGUCUGCCUUUAACGUUUACUUAUACAGGGUGAGUCAAAAAAAAGUCUCCCCUGUUGAAAUGAAGCCUUUGUUGAUUUGAAUGCAUGAUCAACGAGGUAGUGUGUAAAUAGCAUAGUUAUUAGGUUG